AUGCCCUCACCAAACACAAUUAAAUCAGCUCAAUCCUUUCUGGGAAUGGUAAACUAUUAUAGGAAUUUUAUUCCCCAGUGCUCAUUGUUGUCCAAACCUUUUGAAUUUAUUUCUAAAAAAUGUGAUUGGUCCAAGAAACAAGAUCAAGCGGUUAUUACUCUAAAACAAAAAUUAUGCUCAGCACCCGUACUAGUCCCAUUUAUUCCUGGUGACGAAUACCGUCUUUCUACAGAUGCUAGCACUAUCGCUCUUGGUGGGGUACUAGAACGUUUACACAUGGGACAACUUGUUGGUGUAAUUGGUUAUUUUUCAAAAACUGUUAAUCCUACUCAAGCACGUUAUCUGGUUGGAGAAAUAGAGUUGUUGUCUAUCAUUCAAAACUUACAACACUUCAAAUACUAUCUACAUGGACACCACUUCAUCUUAAGAACUGAUCAUAUAUCCUUAUUGGCAUACAGAAAUAAGAAAGAACCCUCUGCAAGAAUUUCACGAUGGUUAGACUUCUUAGCUGAGUUUGAUUUCACCUUAGAAUACAUUAAAGGAUCACUUAAUCAUGUCGUAGAUGCCUUAAGUAGACCAGCUACGAAAAAUGAGAUUACCACUAACGAAGUUAGUAAAGUUGCAAUAAUUGAAGAAAUUGAAGAUCCAACUUUGGUAUUUCCAAUAAACAGUAUAGAGAGAAUCACCCCAGUUGAUUGGUAUGAAGAUUGGAUCCAAGACUCCUGGUCCGCUGCAGUUUUGGUACAUUUAGGUUUGGUUCAAGAUGUCAAGAUUAAUCCUACUGAUAAGUCGUUGUUUGAUAAGUAUAUUAAGAAACUCAAGCUGUCCAAAAAAGCUAUGGCUCGAUACAAGUUUGAUGACCAAAUAUUAUAUUAUGAUGAUAGAGUCUGUGUACCCCGCUCCAGACGUACCGAACUACUAAACAUUUAUCACGAUAACAUAUUGCAUGGUGGUCAUUUGGUGAAGUUACUACGAUUAAUAAAUAUGCCUAAUUACUAUUGGCCUUCAAUGACGGUAGAUAUUCGUACUUAUAUCAAAGGAUGUUUACAAUGCCAAAUUAUGAAAAAAUUUAGACCUAAGAAAGAUGGACAACUGGAACCAUUAGAUAUUCCACAAGGACGUUGGCUAGAAUUGUCAAUUGGUUUUGUUACCGGACUUCCAACUACUCAAUCUCAGAACGACAUGAUCAUGGUUGUAGUUGAUAGGUUUUCUAAAAGAGCCCAUUUCAUCGCCGCUCAAAUAUCCUUAGGAUCGGUCGGUACGUUAGACUUAUUUUAUCGGUUUAUUUUUGCUUAUCAUGGUUUUCCAAGAACGAUUGUUUCAGAUAGAGAUAUUAGAUUCACCAGCUCGUUUUACAAAGAAGUGACAGAAAGACUAGGCAUCAAAUUAUUACUAUCUUCCUCUAAUCAUCCACAAACAGAUGGUCAGACGGAAAGCGUUAACAAAACCUUAGGUCGGUUACUAAGAAGUUACUGUUCACAAGAUCAAGAUAAUUGGGACCAUUUUCUCCCUCAGGUUGAAUUCGUUUACAAUUCCACAUUCCAACGUUCUAUUCAAGCUUCACCAUUUGAAGUAGAUUUAGGUUAUGUACCCAACGAACCAUUACUAGACAUUGGUAAUGAGCUGUCGGCGCGUAAUCUAUCCGCUGUUGACUUAUCAAAAACCAUCAAGGCGAUUUCUCUAAGAACUACAGAUUUCCUCAAGCAAUCACAAGAGGAUAUGGAAUCACAUGCGAAUGAAACUCGAACGGUCAAUGAUUACAAACUCGGUGAAUAUGUGUUACUGCACCGUGAUGCAUAUUUUACUGGGGGAAGGUACUUAAAGAUCCAACCCAUAUUUUUAGGACCAUUUAAGAUUGUAAAAAUAGGAAAAAUCACCAUUGAACUUGAUCUGCCAUCCUCCUUUAAGAAACAUAGGGUUAUCAAUAUAAAAUGGAUAAAAAAGUUUGUAUUAGACAAAGAUAGGUACCCAAAAAGUCUACCAAGAACCUCGAUUGAACGAAUACAGCGUGCUCAGGAAAUAAUUGCAGUCAUAGGUUACGAUGUGGAAAGCCACGAAUACUACUGCAAGAUGAAAGAUGUUGAUCCCACUCUAACCUGUACAUACUCGUUAGAAGAAUUUAAUAAGUUAACAAGCUCAAAGAAAUCAUCGUUGUUAAACAAUUUCAAUACGCUUGUGAAUACAAAUUAA